AUGGCAUCAGGUCCACCACCUCCCUACCCAGGCACGGAGGACACUAAAGGUAGUCAACCAUAUGGUUAUGGUGCCCCACAACCACCUGAACCUGGUUACCCCCAGCCACAAGCUAACUAUCCUACACAGCCAGGCUAUCCACCACCUCAGGCUGGUUACCCUCAACAAGCUGGGUACCCUCAACAAGCCGGUUACCCUCAGCAGGCUGGUUACCCUCAUCAAGCCGGUUACCCUCAACAAGCCGGUUACCCCCAACCUCAGGGCUAUGCACAAGCUGGACAUCAGAACACGACAGUGGUGGUUACUCAGCCUCCUGUGAUGCUGGUACGGACGUUCGGAUCUGUUCCUGUUCGCACCAGCUGUCCUCACUGCAAAGCAGACGUCAUCACAGCCACACAUUUUGAGAGUGGGACCUUCUCCUGGGUAGUGUGUGUGGUCCUCUGCUUGGUUGGGUGUGAUCUUGGCUGCUGUCUCAUUCCGUUCUGUGUGGAGAGUUGCCAGGAUGUAGUCCACACGUGCCCCAACUGCCACCAGCAUAUUGCCCGCUGGAACCGCAUGUAG